UCACUGCAUCAUUUGUAUGUGUGUUAUGGCAUACAAACAUUUAACUAAACUUUGGGCAAAUUUGGGAAAUCUCUUACUUAUAGUCAUUCGUCUAUUGAACUCAUUUACUGAUUAUUUGUGUGUUUAGUAAUAAAAGUUUGCAAUAACUUGACUUCACUCGAGUGAGCUUUUAAUCAAAAUAGUGAUACAUAGGAACAAAAAAGAGAUAGAAAUAGAGAGACAAAAGAGAGGGAGAAAUAGAGAGAUGGCUAUAAUAAUGUCAUCGGACUCUGACGAAACAUCACCACAAAGUUCUCCCGUAAUCGUUGACUACACGGCUUCGGCACCUAAUUCUCCGCUUUCCUCUAAUGUGUCGACACUUAACAACAAAUCGUUGAAUAUUAAAGAAAAAAUUGGCAAUUCUUCGGCUAUUAAAACAAGUUAUGUUUCGACCAAAAGUGAACUCAACGACAAUAAUCACAUAACUAAGCCUUCGAUACCAUUUUCCAUCACUAGUAUUCUUAACAGAGAAGAUCCCGUCUCUAAACAACUCAAACAAGACUCCAACAUAUCCGUAUCGUCGGCAUCAUUAAUACCUAAUGUUUUUGGAGCUUCAGAUCAUCUAAGUUCAGGACAUCUUAUUGAUCAUAAGCAGAGUUCAUGGUAUCCAUGGGUCACUCCUUCGGGUAUAUUGAGUGCUGAACACCAUUCCAAUCAACAGACGACAACAUCCGGACAUUCAAUUAUUUUCAGACAAUUCAAAGAAUCUGAGUGCUUGAAGGACAAUGACUUGACACUAGACUUGGACAGUAGGGUAAUGUCACCCAUAGAGUCGAGUGAUAAGGAAAGCAGUAAUUUAAGCCGAGAUGAUGUAUCACCCAAUUCAAGCACAUCCUACACUACAAACAACAAAACUUGUGGUCAAAAUACAGAAACAAACAACAACUGCAAUACAAAUAGCAAAAAGAAGAAAUCGUUGAACGACUCGAAGAGUGGUAAACCCCGUCGGGCGAGAACUGCCUUCACUUACGAACAAUUGGUAGCUCUUGAAAACAAAUUCAAAACUACGAGAUAUCUAUCGGUUUGCGAAAGACUUAAUUUGGCGCUAUCUUUACGACUCACAGAAACACAGGUCAAAAUAUGGUUUCAGAAUCGGAGAACAAAAUGGAAGAAACAGAAUCCAGGUAUGGAUGCAAACAGUCCGACGAUUCCUCAGUCACCGAAUGGCAGUAUGUGUGGCUCAUCCCUGCAGUCUUCAGGUUCGCCAUCAUUUGUUUCCGGUGCUUAUCCGACGGCAGCCCUACUCUAUGCAUCACAAUUAUCUCAAUCACAAUUGUCUCCAUUUAUCAACGCAAACUCUUCGUUAUCAUUUCCAGCGGCAGCCGCUGUCUUGUCAUCGGCGGCACAACAUUUUGGACACCACCCACUUAUGCAUCAUUUAGGACAUACAUGAGCU